AUGGCAGAGCGAGCGGUGGGCGGUGCUCGAGGAGAAAUCUGGCCAAUAGAGUGCGGUAACAAAAUAUCCGUAUUGGCUAUUAGCGAGGCCCCGCCCGCCUGCCGCUCGUCGGUGCAGCUGCAAAACGUCGUAUACUGCUGGGUUUUCGUGACGCUUGUGUCGGUUUGGUACUGGUGGAGGGUGAGGCGGCCGGGGCCGAGGGUGGCGAGUCGCGACUCGGCGGGCGGGCCGCAGACGCGCUCCGGACGCCGCGGCGAGCGCUCCUAUCGCUGUAUCAUCGUAUACCAUUCGCAAAAUCACGCGACUCGCCGUCCACUUGGCCAAAUUCGUAUGUACCGCUCUACAUCGCGACGCGAUCGGCCUAACAGACGAACCUAA